UAUUGGUAUACAAAUCUUUUUUUGAUGACUUCGACUUUUUUGGUUGUCUUUUUUACUAAUAAGUCGAUACGGUAAUAUUAAAUCUUAUAAUAUAGCUGACACAUCUUUUAUGAUAAAACACAUGUAACAUAUCCAUAAUUUGCUACUCAAUUCCCAGGCGUGGGAAACCAGUGUGUGAUUUAACGUGUUUUUCUGGUGAGGGAUCCUAAACAAUGCAUUUAUAGUGCUUAUAUAAUACAGUUAAAAAAGAUUUCUGUGCAUUGCAAUAGGCGGAUGGAAUUUAUGCGCAUGAUAUCUAGCCAGCAGUUAUAUGGAGAGAGACCAACGAAACAUUACUGUUUACUUUAGCCUGUUCGAAAAGCGCAAUUUGUGAAGAACUGACAUUUUUACGAAAAAAUAGGGUGUUGUUCAACAUGGAUCUGCUACGUACGGACAUCCACCUCUGGCUUAAAGAACAAGAAGUAAUGCAUGUGUAAAUGUGUUAUUUAAAAUAUCAUUCCCACUUUUUGAAAGGAAAAUGGACAUACACAUAUAAGUAAAAUAAACAAGAACAUUUUAAAAUGGAUAAGCUACUUAAAAGUAAACUUGUCCACACAUUGGUAACAUUUUGUUCUGCCACAGAUAAUUUUGAGGAAUAUCUGUCAUGUUUAAUUGACAAAAUAAGUGUCGAGUCUUGUUCCUCCAAUAGGGAAUACAUUAAAACUAUUUGCCAAGUGUCUGACUAUAUAUGCUCAACCUGCGAUUUAGCCAAAUGGUCACAAACUUCUGAAGGAUCUUCCGACGCGCGUCAACAAAGAGAAGUCUGCAAAUUGUGUCAAUCGUUAUAUGAUCGAAUAACGGAUAAACAUGCACUUAAAUCUCCAAAUUGGGAGAAUGUUGAAUGGAGAUUAAUUCUGAGAGAACCACUGCAACAUAUGAAAUGUUAUAUAAAGGAAUACGGACAUCGCGAGGUGCGAAAGGUGCGGCAAUUAGGAUUGUCAGCUUUAAUUCAAAUCUGUUCAAAUCAUUGCGAUUUAAAAACACUGUUCGGCAACGUGCUACCCUUCCUAGAAAAGAUUGCAGAGACCCGAGAUCAAGUAUUCCAGUCCGAAACAUUGGAUAUUGGUGAAGACGAAUUAAAUACACAGUUGCGUAAGAUCGAAGACGUUUUAAAAAUAGUAUGCAGAGGUACCGAUAUGGACAUAAGGUCCUACACGAUGUCAGCAAAGAUCUUCAACACCAGUCAACAGCAAUUUACAGUUGAAGAUGAACUAAACACCAAGCGAAAGAUAAUACAGACUCUAGAUAAACGUAUUCAUUCUUUAAAAUGUUGGCAAACUCUAUCUGGAAACAGCCAAGAAGAUCCGGAGCUUCUACAAUUGAAGUUUAUAAGAAAUCAGCACUGGCAAAAACUUCAAGAGAGGAGUCAGCAACUCGCAAGCAAUACAGAUAGUAAAAUCCAGAUAUAUGAGAAACGCAGGCAAUUUCUAAAAAACUAUACAGAUGAUAUAAACAAGAGCUCUAUUGACAACUCCAGUCAGUAUUGUGCUAGCGGAAUGGUGGGCGACUCAAUUGUUAAGUCCGCUGGUGACAAAUAUAAUCAAAUUUUGCUAGAGGGAAUUUACGACAAUGGGAUCGAAGCAUUAGAAAAUACACACACAAAUCAAAACGGUAUUAAAAGGGUGAUUGAUUUAAUCCUUGAAAUACGAGAUACAGGCGGCGCAGGCCGAUUCUUAGUACCAGGCACGUCGAAUGAAGAAUGCCUGCGAACUGUUGCUCAGACUAACUCGAAAAGUGAUCUGGAUUCGAGGACAAGCAUUGGUCAUAUAAACCGCACUAUGGAAACUGAUACUCCUGGCGAAGCAUCCACCACAACAGAGGCGCGUAUAAUUCAGUCUCCAAGUGGACUGAAUACACAGGAACCGCUUGUUAGCCAAAGGAGAUCUUUAAAAAGGCAAUUUCAGUGUCUGGAAAGCGAGUGCCCAGUCACGCCUAACUUGAAAGCCAUCAAACCAGAGCAGAGUGUAACAGAGUCGCCUAAUUCCGUCAACUCGACGGAAACAGUACCCGAACACUUGUUAGAAAGACCAUUGCAGUACUUGGAAGAGGGAGGAAAUACCAUAUGCCGUAUCAACCAUGAAUGCAUGGCAAUUUACUUACGCUGUCCAAAUUUGCUCAAUGUUAUAAAUCUGUGUGAAGAUGUUCUCAAUGGAAAGGUUGAAGCCCUUUUUCUGCCAUUGCAAGACUAUUUAAGAACACUGCCAGAUUGCAACAACAUUUCGGUUGUUGUUGCUAUUUCUGGAAAUGACUUCACAAAGUGCAUUAUGCCAUGCCUUAUCAAAUUAAACGGUCAAUCAAAUUCGAGAUUCCUACAACUUGAGUAUCCAUACAAACAAAACAAUAAAGCUAGUACUGCUGCAGGAAACACAGACAUGAAAACAGCCAUUUCCAUGCUCAAAGACUUGAUAGAUCAUCACCCAAGUGUCAAUUGUGAAACCCCGCCAGAGCUUAGACUAACAGUAGAUACACUUGGGGUAGAGGACAGUCAUACAUUGACGCGUCAUCUAGUUGAUGCUGCGAAUGAAUUGCAAAGACACAAGAAAAACGCGACCUAUAGAGAAACGUUGCAACCUACGGAUCAACACGAGAACAUUGGUAUACAAACUGCCAUAUCCAUUUUUAACGAGCUAAAAGGUCAAAUACCUGUUAUCGACGAAACUUCAGAAUUGAGAUUGAAAGUAGAGGUGAUUGGAGUAAAGGACGGACAUUCACUGACACGUCAGAUAUUUGAUGCUGCGAUAGAAUUGCAAAGUUUAGAGGAAACUAAGACAUCAAUCUCACAGGAACUUCGACAAUAUCUGCAACAUGUGUUCCAGUAUUUGAAAAAAGGCGGAAAUGCACUCAACAUUCGCGAAACUGACUGUUCGGCGUUUUAUAUCUGCUGCCCAACAUUGGCCAACGCAAUGACACUGUGUGAAGAUUUUAUAACUGGCAAAGUUGACGCGCUGUUCCAGCCACUGCAGGGUUAUUUGAAAACACUGCCAGAAUGCCAAGAUCUUUCGAUAGUUGUUGACAUUUCAGAAAAUGACUUUGUCAACUGCAUGUUACCUUGCCUUACAGCAAUAAAGCGUCAUUUGGAUUCAUGCGUGCCUGCUCAAGGGCCAGACUCAAGGGGGUCUGUGGCAGUAUCGAACUAUGCCGACAAAGGCAUCGAGAGCGGCACAUCAAACAAACGGGACUCGAGCUUCGAGGGCCCGUCUUCUGUCCAUCCGUGGGACAGACUUAUCACUCAUCUUUGCGAAGAGUUUUCAGUCGAAGAUUCGGACUUUGAAAACUUCCUAUUGGGCUCAAAGACUCGAAUUGGUGAUGAUAACUACAACCGAAUCAAAAGCCUUGAUGGACGCUCUGUCCAGAAAUACCACGCUUUCUUUGAUUGUCUGGAAAAGAAAUUCGGACAGCACGACUCUGUCGAGUUCCUUAUACACUUAACAGCGACGUUGAACUUCCAUAGCGAUUUAGCCUGUGUUACAUACAGAACGACGUUUGAACAGUAUAAGCAAGACAUUGAAGAAUUGCAUUUGACGACAAAUUGUCUGGUCAUGGAACCGUCUUGUAAAAUCGUAGAUAUUCUUCAGAAACGUCCAGAGGAAAAUUGUUUUAGUUCUGAGAGACAUCCAAAAGGUGGUGCGGCAACAGGGCAUCACCAAGAAGACUUGGAAGAAUUGGAUGCCAAUGCAAAUGUACUUGUUCAGACUUUGCAGUUACUAAAUGACAAAAUCAAGGAUCAAGAUGAUAAGUCAUUGUUAAAAGAAAUUGUCUCCAGAAUUGCUUAUGAGUCUGUCCGUGAAAAAAAAUACUAUCUUUUUAAAGAGUAUACUAGGCUAUUUAAGGAUCGUCCAGGAUUUUGGGGAAAUAUUUCAAUCAAUGCAACCGAAGACAUCUUUAAUAUACUGGUUGAGAUAUGGGAAAAUCCUAAAUUUGCUACAUAUGUGAUGAGAAAAGUUUACAAUGAGGAUAUAAGUGUGAUACCCAUAGAAAAAGAGAUAUCGAAUAAGUUACCAAAAGAUGUUCAACAGUUGGAUGAUAAAGCAAUGACUAUCUUUAAUAAAGCUCUUGAACUUAGUAAAGAAGUAGUCAAAAAUAUUCGCCUGUCGGUUGUAGGAAUGUUUGGUGUGGGAAAAACGUCUUUGGUGAACAAUUUGAUUUGGGACUAUCGAUACAAAAACAAAAAUAAAACACUCAGCACAGAAGGUAUCGCUAUACAUAGGUGUAAGUUGAUGACAGAUGGUGAUUGGUGCUUAGAUACAGAAUUAAAAGGGGUCAAGUUAGGAGGUCGCAUUCAAAAAGUCGUUUGUAAGAACACGCUUUCAGAAACUUCAGCUAAUUAUGAAACUGCUAGCAGUCACGAUUUGCUUGUUGAAAGGGUAACAUCUACUGAGGAUCAUGAAACUUUCAAAGAAAGAAUAGCCUUGCAUAAAGGAGAUAAAAUUUUACAAGAAGGAAUUAAGGUUACCAAGGAGAUGCUUGAAACUACUAGCGAUAAUUCAGAAAAGAGCAAGGCUUCGCUUGAUCAAUCAAAAAAUGAGAUCACUGUGUCUGUAUGGGAUUUUGCAGGUCAGAGUCUGUACUAUUCAACACAUCAGUUCUUUCUGAAUGAGAGGUCUAUAUAUGUAGUUGUGAUGGACAUGACAAGAAGUUUGAAAGAUGUUUUAAGUAAAUCAGAUGGUAUUGGAAUUUGCUGUGGUUUGGUGGAUAGUUGUACCUAUUUGGAUGUUUUUAAAUUUUGGCUUAAUGCAAUUCACAUGAACAGUGAUUAUCAAUCUGGAAAAAGGACAAUACAGCCAACUGUUAUUUUAGUUGGCACGCGGAAAGACGAAAUGAAGGGUAGUGCUGAAGAAAAAGAGAAAAGUAUGAAUUUGUAUUUUGACAUUGCCUUAUGUAGCUUUGAUAGACACUCGCCAAUCUUAAAUCACAUUUAUAAGAACAGAUUUCUUGUAAAUAAUUUGUCUCCAAAGGAUUCUGCUUUUGCAGAGUUACGAAAAGAAAUUAUAAGUUUGGCUGCAAAGCAAGAUUACUGGAACGAAGAAUAUCCAGUUCGAUGGAUUUACAUGGAACACACAUUGGACAAAAUGAGAGAUGAAAAGCGGCAGAUAGUUAAAAUGAAGGAUGUUGAAAAAGAAAAUCUUGAAAACAUACUCCCACUGGGUGAAGAAGAGCUUAUCUCGUUUCUUGAAUUGCAACACAACCAAGGCAAUAUCAUUUUUUUCAACUCGGGCGAACUUAAGGAUAUCGUUGUUCUUGAUCCUCGAUGGAUCAUUGAAGCUUUCAAAUGUUUCAUACCGCAUACUCAGAAAAUAGAAGCCACUGUUUUGAAAGAUUGGGAAGAAUAUAAAAAAUAUGCUAUUCUCAAACCAAAUGUUCUGUAUGAAGUUAUGAAAAACAGUCCUCCCUACAUACAUGAAUACCAGAGUGCUGUUAUAAAUUACAUGGAAUAUCAAAAUGUUAUAGUCAAGCCUUUAACAAGUGAAAAUGGUUUAACUGGAAUCCCGUUAGAUUUCCACAUCGUUCCUUGUCUACUGAGAAGGGCACCACCGCCACUACACAUCUUUACUUCACCACCUGAUAAACCCCAAACACCAGUUUUAGCUUUUGUGUUUUGCGGAAAGUUUAUGCCCCCCUCUUUAUUCUACAGGCUUGUUGCAGUGUGCAUUCGUGCUUGGCCUAUCAGCAAUGAACAUGGCCAAUAUUGUUUAUUUAACGGCUUGGCUAUAUUUACUCUUAAUGAAACCUGUACAUUGAGAAUAUGGUAUAUAGAUCACAUUAUUUAUGCAAGGAUAGUUUGUUGGUCAAAAAAUGAGAAGUUAGAUAAUUUCAUCUGGCUGUUUCAAGAGGUUCGACGCAAACUUAAGAAAAGUUUACUAUACUUUGUUCAUCAAUCCUCUUCAGUAUUUGAAGAGUGCAUUCAGUGCCCAGACCUGAAGGAGUCAUUGCACAGUCAAGGGUUGUUCAUAGUAAAACAGUUCAAGUACAAAAAUGCUAUAGUUUGUCCAGUAUGUAAUCCGCAUGCUGUGACACGAUCAAAUGCUAUGAAACAUUGGUUCAAAGAGAGGUUAGAUCGAAUAGAAACAGAUGAUGAAUAAUAUGGAAAAACACUAGUGAUAUAGGUCAUUACAAUCCUAAAAGGUAAGAUUGCAUUUUCUUUCCUUGUCCUGAGAUCAGAGCACAACCACCACUGGACAGCUUUUAAAAAACUGUUAAACAAUCUUGCCCAUUAAUGACCAGACCUGUUUGGUGAAGGGCAAUAUGAAGAUAUUGUCGAGUAUUUUGUUUAAUGUGCUCAUAUUGCUUUAAUUUUCAAGUUGGGCGUUAUGUUUACUCUAAUUGUUACCCUCCAGAUUUGCUAUUAAUUGUGUAUAUUAGUGUAAAUACAUUAUUUGUGAUAUAACAGUUAUUGUGAAUUCUAUUUUUGAAUUGAGUGAAAAUGUAUGCCAUGCUUCUGAACAUGGUAAUAUAAAUAUCAACACAGAUACAGCAUUUAGUAUUCAUUUAUGUUCUUAAAUCAAGAAUCUUCAUUAAAAUUUUUGUCUUUAACAAGUUUAUUUUGCAAACUGUGCUAUAACAUGUUAAAAUGUCAAUUUUCCCUUUGUUUUGGCAAAAUAAUUGAGGAAAGGUGAUUCAAAUUCCAAAUGUUCAUUGAAUGUUAAUAUUGUACACAAACUGUAUCAUUCCUUAUUGAAAUGUUUGUUUUUGAAAUGAAUUUAUGAAGUUUACUUAAUUAUCCACACCGAAAGUGAAUUUAGAUUAAUAAGCGAUUAAAUAUUGGUUAAGUUUGAGGAAGAUAAUUGAACAGAGACAAUGGAGUAUUUAUGCAAUACAGACAAUUAUUGUCCAUUGUAGCACUGAAUAAAAAAAAGAUGACAGGUUAUGUGUACACAAUGUUUUGACGUGAUUGAUUAGUUAUAAUAUUGUUUAUUUAUUUGUUGUUUACAAUAUAGUGUAUUUAUAUGUCAAUACCAUGAUGUUUCAAUGAAUGAAAGUUUGUCAUUAAGUAUUAAUUUGUGUAUCAUAAUUAUAAUUGUACUAGAAUUGAUAAUUAUAAUUCUUGUUUAUUAUAUAAUAUAAUUUGGCGACUUAAAUGAUUGUUCAUAUUUGCUUGAUGAAAAAGUAAAGUCUGAAAAUCAGGGUGUUGGUAUUCCAGCAUUAUCAUGCCCCUUUUCAAAGAAGAAGGGGUAUAUUGUUUUGCUGGCUGUAUGUCCGUAGACCAGUAUGAAUGUUUGUAGACUAGUUUGCUUCGAUCAAUAAGUCGUCGACGAAUUGACCGAUUUGGCUUGAUACUUCACAUGUGAAUUGGCCUUGGGCAGUAGAUGACCACUACUGAAAUUCGGGUCAAAGGUUAAGGUCACUAUCACACUAAGUGUGAAAUCGUGUCCGAUCAAUAACUUGUCAACCAAUUGACCGAUUGGCUUGAUACUUUACAUGUGUAUUGGCCUUGGAUUACCCCUAUAGAAAUUGAGGUCACUAGGUCAAAGGUCAAGGUCACUGUUACACAUUAAGAGUACAUUCGUUUCCGAUCAAUGACUCGUCAACUGACUCACCGAUUGGCUUGAUACUUCUCAUGUGCAUUGGCCUUGGACAGCAGAUGACCCCUAUUGAAAUUGGGGUCACUAGAUCAAAGGUCACUGUCUCAAUCAGUGUGAAAAUUGUUUCCGAUCAAUAACUCAUCAACGAAUUGACCAAUUGGCUUGAUACUUCACAUGCGCAUUGGCCUUGGACGGUAGAUGACCCCUAUUAAAAUUGGGGUCACCAGUUUAAAGCCCCGUUUUGGGGGGGGGCAUAUGUCUCCGACCUUAUGAUUUUGAUUCAAGAAUGAAGAUUUGGCAAUUUGUUCUUGCGCAGUAGUUGAAAGGUCUAAACACACACCUUUUAAAUUUGUUGAUUUGAACAAAUUUCUUUUGUCCUUGAACUGUACGAAUUAUAAAAUUAUAUUGAACUGUAAUAUUAGUUGUGUUUUGAAGCAAUAGCAAUAAAAUAAAUGUGUUAACAUCAAGCAAACAAUAAAUGGGUCUUGAGCUCAUUAAUCCAUAUUGUUGAAUGUAGCUUAUAUCUCUACCAAAAUGAAUCAGUUACAUGUUACUUUACUAAAUAAAAUACUACAGUAAAACAUGAAAUCACUUUGCAGUAGCUUUUUUGUAACAAUCAUUAAUAUCAUUUAAUGUAAAUUUUCUCUUGAAAUGUGACACAAGAAUGACAUUCACACAAUAAGUACGAGUUAACAUAAGUAUGAGUUAUAUAUUUGUGCUUUAUUUUUUUCGCAUUCUAUAUUAUUAGUAUUAAACAUGUGUUCUGCUUAGACAUAAUAUAAUUCAUGCGAGACUUCUGUUAUGUUGUAUGAAAAUUGCCACUACAAUUCAAGAAAAAGAUCAUAGUAAAAUAGCAUGGUGCUGCAGCCUUCUCUUUUUGUAUUCCACCGUUGCUAUCUCUUUAAACUGGUAUUAAAACACAGACAUGUGCUUACAAAUUGUUUAUAUUGCUAAAGGCAUAUUUUCAGGUUUGACAAUUAUCUGAAUUGAUAUGUGAUCCUAAAUUUUCCACUUAUUCCUGAACUGAACUGUUGUUCUGUAAAUCUUUGUUGGAUACAAUAAUCAACAUAAUUUAUUCAAUGUGUGGUAAAUAUUUUUUUCUUAAUUAUUUCUGUUUAUAAGUGUUACAUUAUUUUUCGAAUUUGAAAAAAAUAUUAGCGUUCCAUAACAGAAAAUGUUGAAACUGUCUAAGCAAAAAUGGAUGUAAAAGUCAAUGUAGUCAAAGUGCAACAAAGUUUAUAUUACAGAAUUAUCAAUAAUAUGGAUACUUAUAUGUAUCAUGUGACAUGUUGAUAGAAGAAAUAUAUAAUUUCCCAUGCAAAUCUAGUAUAUAUGUCGAUCAGUGACUUGUUAAUGUAUAACUUAUUAAUGAAAAACUCUACCACAAGUAAUUAAAAGCGCACAGUUCUUUGACCACUGUGUUGUGCUCAUUUGGAGUAAGAAUGUGCAAUACAAAACAGUAGCAACUAUCUUGAUUUGUUCAUACAUCAUAGAUCAUUUCUUAUUAUAUAUAGGUUAUCAGAAUUGGCUUUUUUAAGAACCUAAACCAUACACGUUCAUAAAUAAUAGUUAUUGCCCUUUUUUGUUUUUGUGUGAUGUAACUAUUCAAGGCUAGAUCUCAGAUGCGAACCAGACUUCAACAUUAUACUUAAUGGGUGUAUAAUUAUAUAUCCAUGAGGAGCUUUGCAAUGCAUAAAAACAACUACCCUACACUUACUUUUUGUAGGAUUAUACUGUAUAUAGAGGGAUUUGCAUCCAUCCAUAAGCAAAAAUGUAUUUUGCUGGGGAUAUCAAUUUAACUAAUUUGCUUGUUAGUGUUUUGAACAAACUGCAUGUUUAACUGAAUUAUAAUUCAUUCAUCAAUUGAACGUUAAUGAUAAAUGUGUCAUUGAUUCUACAGUUGCUCCAAAGACAUCAUGUUUCUUAUAUACAGACAUUUUCUUAUAAGAUGGUGACAGCGAUUUAUUGUGUUACUAUUAUUUUACGUGCUCAUAAAUUAUGUUUUAUCGCCAUACAUUUCCAUGUACUAAUUCUAGAAAGUAGAUGAAUGACAUAAAUAAGCUAAUAUGAUUUUCAAUAUAUGUUUGUUG